AUGCGUCCCUCUUUGCUGCUGGCGUUGGUCGCCAGUACUGUGGCUCUGCCAACCCCCGACACCGUUUACGACGACGACGACAACGACGUCUGUUACUUGGAGGAUGAUCUCGUUGAACUGAUUGAGUCGUUGCCUGAAGGGCCUGGCUUUUGCCGAGAUCUCAUCCAUAUUCCCACCGAUGUGACGACUAUCACUCAACCGGCAACCGUGACAGUCGCUGCUCUUACAAGUACCAUCACAUCCCUAUUCACCACCACCCUGCCAGCGGAGACCGACUACGUGACCAUCACCACCACGGAUCGCAACGGUGCUCCAGUGACCUACACUAAUGUCCAGACAGCACUUGUCACCCACGUGAUCGGCACCGUUGCCCUAACUAAUGCAGUCACUCAAACCAUCGUAGACGACCUCACCAGUGUGGCCACAAACACUAUUACUUACUUGACUACCGGCACGGUCACGGAAUUUGCUACUGAAACCAUCACUCAGCCCUUCAUCAACACCGUCACCGAGUACGCGACAAUAUUCGUGACGGAUUCCGUCUACAACACGUUGACUGACAUUUCAACACAAACCCUGACCAACUACCACACCGAAACCUUGGUACUUUCCUAUACUGACACAGUUUUUGCUACAAGCACCUUGGAUGUCACCGCGACUCAGACAUAUUUUUCUCCUUCUCUGCAUAGCGAUUGGGAAACAGUGACAAAUACCGCCACAACGACCUCUACCAACUCCGUUACUUCGACCAUCAUCGCCAUUGUCACUGAAGGAUCAACCACGACAGUUACGGCGAUUGUCCCUAUGCAAUCUGUUUUGAAGCGAACUUUCACACAAACUGCCAGUAUUGCUACCCCGACUGCUCUGGCCACAUAUUCGUCCGAUGAACUAUCCAGUGCCUGCUUCGAGUUGGACCUCCAGCCCGAGACAUCCACCCAAGUUGUCACUGUGACUGAGACAACGACCAUCUAUCCCACUGCUGCUGGAGGCUCGUUGCCCUACGUUACACAGUUUGUUACAGUUUUCGAGACCGUUACUGCUACUGGUUCUGAAAGCAUGGUCACUGUAACUGAUGUCGUGAACGACCCGUCGACCGCGACUCUAGAUGUCUACUCUACAGUUGAAACAGGUGUCUCAUUGACCGAAACAACCACUGCUACAGCCACUGUCACGCAGGACCACAUCGCUACGAUUACCGACUCUGCAACGGUCGAAAUCACUUCCUGGGCAACAACUGUUGCGACUGUAGAUGUCACAACGGACCAGACUUUGACUGCAACCGUUGAGGCUUCCACAACGCUGACAAAUACUGAGUCCUUCACAGUGACUUUGGAGGAGACCGCUACAGCCACCGCGGAUGUCACUGUUUCCACCACGCAAUCCAGCAUUUCAAUGGUCACGGACGUUUUGACCGUCACAGCCACCUCAUCCUUGACCGUGACGGUGCCUACCGUCGUCGAAACAACAGUCACCAGCACCGUCUCUGUAACCAAUACAGCAGUAGUAACAGCAAUCAUUGAUGUGACCGCCACCCAAACAACCUCGACCACCCAAACAGUUACUGCAACCGCAACCGCGACUUGCGGCGCCAACAUUGUGACGAACCCGGGUUUCUCGGUAAACGGCGCACAUUCUCUCUCUGGCUGGACGACCGCAGGUACCGGAUCCUCAAUCACCUUCGUUAGUGGCGCAGCAUACUCUACACCUUACCUGUUAUGGUAUGUCGGCGGCAGCCCGCAAACCUAUUCGAUCACUCAGACAGUAGCCACUUACCCGGGGACCACAUACACCGUCUCGUUCUGGUGGAGAGGAGGCGCUACCACCGUGUCUCUGGUUGCUUCAAUGGGUUCUCAAAGCGUGACUUAUAAUACACCACCGGACAAACUCGCCGUCUUUAUGCAGGAGACCUUCACCUAUACGGCUACUUCCUAUUCCUCGGUGCUUCAGUUUACGUUUACCCCUACCGGCGGUACGGCAGGGAUGCAAAUGGGCGCGAUCAGUGUAAAGUGCUGA